AUGCUUGUUCUAUUCUAUAGUAUUUUGGUAAUAUUAAUAUUGCCAGUUGAUAGUCGCAAGUGUUAUGAAUGUAGUUGUCAACAUGAUUGGGGAACAAAUACAGGUACAUGUGAUACACCGGCAUUUCUCUCAAGUUGUACUUUAAAUGAAGUUGGUAAUCGAUACUGUUUCAUGGUAAGUACUUAUGAUGGUAAUGAUGAGCGACGUGUUUUUGAAGCUUUAUCAUCAAAUAAUUUACAAGAUUCACAUUUCAUUCAAGCUGUUGAAAGAAUUUCCUUAGCAGGUACUGAGUGGCUUCCAACUGCAAUUAGUUCUAUAGGUUAUGGUUGCGAUUGGGAUGGUUGUAAUAAUAUAUCACUAAUACAAUAUUUACCAGAUUCAUUUCAAAUGAAAAUCGAUCAAACUAUAUUAAAUGAACAAUUAAUAGGUGGACAAGUAGAAGCUCACAAUUGUUAUACAUGUAGUAAAUGUAUUAAUGAAUUAACUGUAACUUUAUGUAAACAAGUAUCUUGUCCAAAUGGUAUAUGUUUUAUUGAUGAAGUACAUAAUUAUAUGACAACAGCAGAAAAUAAUUGCACAUUCAAUUUUUAUAGUCUGUGUGACUCAUUUUCUGAUUCUGCUCCAACAUCGAGUAUUCGAAUACGUGCGACUUAUUAUAUAGAUUUUCCAAAAGAGAAACAAUUAGAAAUUGAUGAAGUUGAUAUUAGAUGUAUCAAAGAUUACUGUAAUGGAAUUCAAGUAGUAGAAUAUUUAAAAGAACAAAUCAACGCAACAAUUAAUCUACAUCCCGGUUUUACACCAUCCAGACCAAAUGAUACUACUACUACUGCUACGAUAAGUUCAUCAACUUCAACAACUACUACGCCAGGAUCAAAAUCUGCAAGAUCAUAUCCUAUUGGCAUUUUAUAUUUGAUUUUUACUCUAUUAUUACUUUAA